CCGCGCCCAUUCUAUUAUUCUCCGGUGUGAUGAAGUGUGGUUUACAUGAAAAUAAACUCAACAUGUUUUCUCGAGGGAAAAUGUUGCAAACAAGUGCAUUUCACACUGCAACAUUAACGUUACCCAUGAAUUGAUGACGUAGUACACAAAAUAACAGGUGCUUGUUUACUACAGGCACAGACGGCAGUUCAGCCUUCAGGUGCAGUUUCGUUUUGGUGGGAUCUAGAUUCCCUCCUGUAAGUGAUAACCAGACUGUGGGACACAUACCAGGGUAAACAAUCUAUAGAUGAAAACACUAGAAAUUAGCUGAAAGGGGUCAUGCAGUCAGUGCUGUCUUGUCCCUGUAAUGCCUUUCACAAAACGUUUUAAUCCUGAAAAUGGGGAAACUGAAAGAUGCAGAGCUUCCCUUGUCACAGCGCUGUUGUACACUGUCAAUAUCUCAUGGCAAGGAUGGGACAGAAAGCACAUGUUGUGGCCUUCUUAUCGACACACGACAUGGAAUCAUCCUCACCCAUGCAUCACUCUUGUCUCAGAUGUUGACAAGCAAUUCAGCUGUCCUCAGAGACUUAAAAGAAGAAUAUUUUUCUCAAUCAAAACAACUGUCUCGAUUUGAAGUUGAAGUGUUGUUUCAAAAAACUCAAGUGGAAAAUUUAGAGGAAAAUGAACUGUCUCAACCUUUAAACAAUAAGCUUGCACCAAAUUUUCUUAAUAGUGAGCUGAAAAGUAGUCCUGGAUUUGUGAUACAUAAUGCUUCUGUCCAGUGUAUUUUUCAAUGUUGGUCAUUAAGACAAGUUCUUUCAAAAUUAUUACCUGCUGGCAGUUGGGACUUUGUGGAAAACUUGACUGAUGUUGAUCAGGGGAACGAAAAAAGGGAGAAGAGAAAUCAGAACAGUCCUGAAUAUUACAGUUUGCUUCCAUGUUUUCUAUUAUUGAAAAUAAGGAACUGGAAACCAUUUGAGAGUGUUCUAGAUGUUCGCUUAUCUGUCAACAAUCAACAAGGGGACCGUGUAGAGAUCCAGUCUACUCCAUUCGGGAGUGUGAGUCCAGAGAUUUUCUUCAACUGCCGCAGCCAGGGAAUCAUAAGUAACCUAUCAGGAAAAAACAACAUCUUGAUUCUGACAGAUGCCAGGUGUAUCCCAGGAGCAGAAGGUGGCGCCCUCUACUUCUGUGAUGGAAAACACCGAGUUUUGAUGGGUAUUAUGAUAGCUACUUUGUGUUGGAAGAAUAACGAAUGGGUUGGACUAUCGUUAGCUGCCUCCUUGUCUGAGAUUCUUGACAGUCUGAACGACCUGCCAUUGAAAUGGUCCGAUGACACUUACUAUUCAGUCAACACACAUGGAAGUCAAUGGACUAUGUCAAAGGUCAUCAAAUCUGUUCAAGUCAACAUCCCACACAUAUCUGUCAAUGGAAACUGGGGCUCCGGCAUCUGUGUGGGCCACAACAAGCAAGGUCAAAGGGUCAUUCUCACCUGUAGUCAUGUGAUCGGCAAAGGUGAUCCCACCUCAGUGGAGGUGCUGUACAAGCCCGUCCAGACACCUUACCGAGCGGACGUGGUGUACCGUGUCCCUAUGGGUCAGCAGUUUGACCUUGGAAUCCUGCUGGAACAGAAGACAAGUACCUCCGAGCCAGGUAUCAAGGUCAGAAGGACAGGCACACUCAGACAAGGGGAAUCUGUAUUAGUGAUAGGUCAUGCUUUGUUUGGCAGAGGAUUUGACCUUGAACCAACUGUAACCAAGGGAAUUGUAUCAAAGGUCAUACGAGUCCGAAAUCAACCAGUGAUGAUACAGACAACAUGUGCUGUACAGGCCGGGGCCAGUGGUGGUGCGGUGGUGGACAUGGAGGGCAGGUUGGUGGGCCUUGUCGUCUGUAAUGCCAGAGAUACAUCAACAGGAGCCAGUUAUCCUCAUAUCAACAUGAGUGUUCCCAUAGCAACCAUCAUCCCUGUACUGGACUCCUACAUAGAGUCUGGGGACAAAUCGGUUCUGCGAUCCCUCUGCGUUAGAAAUCCAGUCAUACACAGCCUGUGGACAAUGGAGAAAUUUAAACAAGAUCCUCAAGUCUUAACCAGCAAAUUGUGAUACUGACAACCUUGUGAACAAUCAGAUGUGCCAAUUUGGUUUUUACCAUCUAUGAACAUUAUAAUACCAAAUAUAUAUAAAAUAUGUAUAUGGAAUGCUUUAUAAAUGUGACUUCAGUAUGGAUGCAGGUAUCUAGUAUGGAUAUGGAUAUUACAUUAUAUAUAUAUAUGUAUAUAUAUAAUGGUUGUGUGUGACAUGAGUUAUUUGACGUAUGCAUAUGUAUGGACACAUACUGGAACAUCUUAGUCAGGCCAAGUAUCUGGGUGUAACACUAUCAUCUGACCUUAAAUGGGAUUCA